UUUAGCUGCGCGGUGAUCUCAGUAAUGCCGCCGCUCAAGUGUUGCAUGCUGAAGAGUCCCGACGCCUAGCAUGAAGAACCGCUCUGCGCUUGGACAAAAGGGGAAAUGAAGAUGAAGAUAAAAGUGUGCCAAGGGGUUAGUGGCAUCAUCAUCGUUACCAUGGUUACCGGCUUUUUGUUGGUGUACAACAGCAGCUCUGGUGACAGAUCAGCUUCCUCGUCAAGUUCUUCCUCCUCAUCGUCCUCUUACCGUUUGGAUGCGCGAGUUCAGUCCACUAAAGUACCGGACAGAUCACAGAGACUCCAAACAACAUCUCUGGAGGGGUACUCAGGUGUCAUGGAUCAUAAGCCGCUGAAAAUGCACUGCAGGACUUGUGCCCUGGUGACCAGCUCUGGGCAACUGACAGCGAGCAAGAGGGGCGAAGAAAUCGACCGCUCUGAGUGUGUUAUUCGUAUGAACGAUGCUCCCAGCCUCGGGUAUCAGCAGGACGUCGGUUGGGGCACAAGCCUGCGUGUUAUAGCUCACUCCAGCCUGCAAAGGGUGCUGCGGAGCAGGCAGGAGCUCCUCAACAUGAGCCAAGACACAGUGUUCAUCUUCUGGGGACCAAGCAGUUGCAUGAGACGUGAUGGAAAAGGCCAUGUUUACAACAACCUAAAGCUUUUAAACCAGCUGCUACCCAAACUUAAAAUCUACAUUAUUUCCAGGAUCAAGAUGCUGAAGUUUGAUGAGCUAUUUAAAAAGGAAACUGGGAUUGACAGGAAGAGUUCCAACUCCUGGUUGAGCACCGGCUGGUUUACUAUGGCUAUAGCCCUGGAGCUGUGUGAUAGGAUCAACGUCUAUGGCAUGGUGCCUCCUGAUUUCUGCAGAUCCUCCUCCCAUCCUACUGUACCAUAUCAUUACUAUGAGCCCUCGGGGCCCAACGAGUGCUCCAUGUAUCUUUCUCACGAGAGAAAUCGACGAGGAAGCCACCACCGUUUCAUCACAGAGAAGGCGGUAUUUGCAAACUGGGCUCGAACCCGUGACAUCCACUUUUACCAGCCAGACUGGAAGCCCUCUCCCAUCGUCACCACCGUGAAUGGCUCGUACACUGCAAAUCCAGCCGGAUCCUGAAAUGCACCCCAGAGACAAUCCCCAGAAAUGUGAAAUAUGUGUGUGGAUGGUUUUCAGUGUUCAGAUUCCCUCUCUGGCCAGUAUGAAUACACAAGACAGCAGCAGGACAGAGCGAGCUGCUUGUGGCUGUUAGCCGACUGUCUAAGCAGCUUGGCAGAAUGGGAUCAUUGCGUAACAGCAGCACAAAGCCUCAACAAUGCUUUGGAAGUGUAACUCUAAAAGGAUGAAUUUCAUACUGGAAUCAAAGCCAUGAAGGUUGUCUCAAGUGUGCUUUUUACACAAAAUAGAGCCGCUUUAGUAACACUUGAGCUGUCAGAGAGGAAACAGGCAAAAGGAAAACAGUAAACACUGAAAAAAUGGGUGCAUGUCUCAUCUAUUCUAUCAAUUAAAAUGGAAUAAAAACUCUUCCAUAUGACGCUAACGUCAUGCCUUCAGUGUUGUGCUGAUGACGCAUAGGAUAGUAGUAGGCUAACAGACCACUUUACUGCUGGUGUUCACUGAUGAUUAUGUCUUCAGAUUCACCACGCAUCUGAAAUUGUGAAAUGCCAUGCUUAGACUGCUAUUUUUUAUGCACAGGUCCAUUCACGCGUGGCGAAAAAAGAAGGGACUAUAUUCAUCAUUUUCAUGAAUAAUAAACCUAGCUUUAUGAUUUUCGACUAAAGUGAUUGGAAUUCAUGAGACACUUCACUCACAAGCACAAAUGUCAGCUUCAUGGUGGAUGUAAAAGCGUAUCCUUCUGGGAUAUAAAUGUCUGUGACAAAUUUCAUGGGAAUUUAUCCGAUAGGUGCAGUCUGAAUGAAAGUGGAGGACCAACCAAGUAACAACGCACGGCUGGACUGGAUUUUUAUAUUACUGGGUUGGAUCAUUUAUGCUCUUAAUGUCUGUAUUUCCACAUUCCUGUAAGAAAGUCAUGUAUGGUUUGCCAAUAUUUGGCAUUAAAUGUGAUGGAAAUAAAAUUCUUGUCACAAACAUGGCACAGUACAUCAUGUGUAAAUGUAAUCAUAUUUAGACACAGUCCAGUUUAUAGAGACAUGAUAAUUAGGUCUCAUUUUGCUCUCUAGCUCUCUGUAACAGAUUGCCCUCAAGAAAGCCCUGCCAGCCCAUGUGUCUGAUACUCGAGGCCAUGAUUUGU